AUGACUCAACGAAUGAUUGAAACUAUUCAAUGGAUAAACUAUUACAAAGAACCUGAAACAAAUCGUCCUUUAUAUAUGUUAUUAAAUACAAAUACAAAUUCAGGAGGUUAUUCAAAACUAAUUAAAAAUAAGCAUGAUAAAGAAAGCGUUCAAAAGAAAGACAAAUGA